CUCUCUCUCUGACCGUCCCCUUAUCAUCGUUCCACCUUGCCGCCCGGUUGCUUGGUGCUCAGUGCCGUCGAUUCACUAGUCCGAUUGCUAGGUACCGCCGUCGAUUCGCAAACACAAACUCCGAUUGCUCGGUGCCGCCAUCAAUUCAGCUUAAAGGGGUGUGGAUAAAAAGCAAAGUGACCAGAACAAUAUCGACAGCACACUUCACAGAGAGAGAGAGAGAGAGAGAGAGAGAGAGAGAAGAAUGGAGAAAUACUUUGGAAACGCGUACAGAGGCGACCCUGGAGUUCCACACGCUGACCAAGAUCGGUUCGUCAACAUAUGGAUUGGAUCCUUUGCUUUCUCUGCCUUCUCUUGGCUCAAUCCCUACAUUUGGCAACUCCCUAAUCAAUUCAACUGGCAUGACAAAGCUAUGUUGUUCGAGCAUUACCACUGGAAGAAAGCGCUGCAGAAGAAACAGCCAUAUAAAUUCAAGUGGAACCAGAUGGACAGGGAGAUUAGGGACUCGUACUAUUUCAAUUGGCCUGUCUACUUCCCUUAGAUUUUUCUUACUGCCCUCUCUCCUGCCUGUGCCUUUCAAGCCAUUUCUUUCAUUUCUUAUGGGAAUAUGCUCUCAUCUGUUAAGUAUGAAACUCGAGCUAUGAGAAAAUGUACCUUCAACAUAAAAAAUGGUGGCUUUCUAUUGAAAUAGUGUAUUCUCUUAGAA